ACAAAACACAAACAUCAAUGGCAAUUCAGUAACCAUGCCGGCAGAUCGCCUUCUUACGAAUGUGCUUCGCGCAUAUCAAGGCCUUCCUGAUCCAAAGCAGAAUGAUAGAAUUCUGUCCAGCACGACCUCGCUGCUUACCACGCUCUCUAAUCCUCUGAACGUGACGCUCCUGACCUCACACCUGCUUACCGCGCCGGCAAUAUGGAAUCGAGUUGAUGGGUUACGAACAUGCCUUCGAAUAAUCAGCGUCUUCAAUACUGCUGCCAUCACGGUGCACAAAAACCAGCUUGAAGGCCACCCAAAACCAUACGAUUUGUACCAACCAAGACAGGGAGGUGGAAUAAGCUGUGACGACUGGGCAAAAGCUGUGGUCAAGGGCUUAGAUGAUCGGACGCCGAGAUGGCAACACAUACUGGCCAUAGCAGGUGUACUGCUUGGAAUGGAGGGACAAGAGAGACAUGGCCUAUCCAGAGGGUUGAGGUCCACCCUUGAAACUGCUAUGGUGACCGCUGCAAACCUCGCCUUGGAAAAUCAGGCAAGUGGUGGUAUCCUAGGAGCCGAAUCUAUUGUCCUGGCUCUCAAUCAUACAUUUCCGCUCUUGUCCGAUAAUGUCAGACGAGAGCUAAAUUACGAUGCCCUGGUUAUGAUCAUGAUUCCGGCCAUGACAUCCACGGAAGGAUAUGAGGAAGGAUACUUUUUGGAAGCCAUUGACCACGAUGUCAGACCAGGAAACAAAUUCGACUGGUCAGCAAAAUCGCCCUCGUUUCUUCAUUUACAGAAACUGGCCUCCAAGCCUUUAAUAUCUUCCAUGGGACCAUUAUCAAGGCUUAUCGCCCAUUCGAUUGAGAAUAUGAAUGGUUCAUUGAGAUUGGUUGAAGUCCAAGAACAUUUGCUUAAAUUUACAGACAAUUUGUUGCAAAGAUGGCAGACGAAUAAGCUGUCUGAGAUUGACACCUCAGGAGAAGCUACCUUUCUCACUCCCGAAACACUUCGAGUUACAUUUCCAGUUCUUUGGCAAGUUCUAAAAACUGCCAUGUUUGCAACAGUUGUCAUCCUGCGAGCAGUAAUAGGAAGGACGCUCAUCGAUCCCAUCCUGGCCUCUCCACAGCAAGCGCCAGUCACCGCUUCCCAGACCCUCCUCAUCCUCAAGAAUAUCCACUUCAUCUCCUCCCGGCUUGGUUCAAAUGCCUUCUCUGCAUACACAUUUGUCAACCUCGCCUCAAUCGAUAUCCUCACUCGCUACCCCGCCUCUUCACUCUCCUUCCUUCGCUCCAUAUACCCUACUCAAGCCGGGCAAAUACCUGCUCAUCCGUUAAAACGCAAUCACGACCUCUUCUACCUCAACACAGCUGAACACUUCACUCUGUCCCUCUCUCCGGCCGAUGCCGAAUUACUCAUCGUGGCGCCCUGUACACCAUAUCUAAACCCAACCGCCAACGCUCAUCUUCUCGAAAUCUUUGAAGCUGCACACAGCGCCAUGUUAUCUGUCCUUGCAGAGCCGCAAAAUGCAGAUUUAACAGCAAAAGUAUUACCCUUUUAUAUGGAAAGUCUUUUUGCUUCUUUCCCAAAGAAUCUGAGUCCAAGGCAGUUUAGAUUUGCCUUCAAAGCGUUAAUGCAGAUCUCCACGCCUCCGAAUCCCCUAUCAAGCUCACAACCAAUGAUGGCGGAGACGUUGCUAGAGCUGCUGCACCAUCGGGCUUUAGGCGCACCUACAACGCCGCUUCCGCCAUUUAUGGCUAUCAAAAGCGAAGCAGAUGCUAAAAUACUGGAAGUUCCACUCUCAGAGCAAGCCGUCUUGCUCCUGACAUUACUUGAUGCCCUACCCAACGUUACGUUGAACGUCCUGGGAGAGUGGCUUCCUUUGGUAGCGGAUCUUCUGAAUGUGAUUCAGGAUAGGAGUAUGAGGGAGCAUUGUAAGAAGAGGUUUUGGGAAGUAAUGGAAAGUGGAGAAAUGGAUGUCGAGAGGAGCGCUGUUUGCGUUUCUUGGUGGAGCACGAGGGGUGGUAGGGAGAGGGUGUUGUUUGGUGAUCAGGGCGAGGGAGGUCCGUUCAUGAGUGGCGGACUUGGGGUGAGAGAUGGGAGUAGACUAUAAGUUAAUGAAAGCGAAAUGAUACCAAUGAAUUUGUACGCUAGGUUAUGAAGGUGAUGGUAACACCAUUUUCAUCUUUGUUUGAGAAAGCAGCAAAACAUCUUAUAGUUUCUCGUCAAUUUAUUAAAUACCCAUUCUA